UGCUUUCUCUAUUCCUUUUGUUAUAAUUAGACUGCAGAAUGUCAUCGCGUUUGGGUGCAUGUGCGUGUAUGUGUGUUAAUGUGUGGUGUUCGCUCGCGUGAUGAGGUGAUUAGUCGAUUCGGUGUGAUGAAUUGAUGCAGAUGUGAUGCGACGUCGCUACUCAUUUAGCCAAAGUGCAUAAUAAGAACUCAAAGGCUGAAAUUUUUGGGACACCUCCUGUCGGAUGAGGGGAUUGAAGUUGAUCCCGAAAAAGUGAAAGUGAUCACAGCAUUCAGAGCCCCGAAAAAUAAAGAAGAAGUACGUAGUUUUCUCGGUUUAGCUACAUAUGUGGGUAAGUUUGUAAUUGACUUGGCAGACAGCACUGAGCCUCUAAGGAAACUAAUUAGGAGCAAGGAGAAAUUUGUUUGGGGCAAAGAGCAGGACGACGCAUUUCAAGGAAUUAAGGCGAAAAUUGCUGCGGUAUCGAAACUCUCAUACUUUAACCCACAGGACAAAACAUGUUUAAUUACAGAUGCUAGUCCGGUGACUCUGUGUGCCGUAUUAGUGCAAUUUGAUAAGGCAAAUACUUCGCGGAUCAUUUCAUUUGACAGUAAGAGUCUCUCACCGGUGGAAAAGAGAUAUUCCCAAACCGAAAAAGAAAGUCUGGCCUUGGUGUGGGCUGUGGAAAAAUUUUAUUAUUAUUUGGCAGGGCUACAUUUUGAUCUAAUAACCGAUCACAAGCCACUAGAAACCAUAUUUAAUCCAACCUCACGACCUCCAACGAAGAUCGAAAGAUGGUUGCUAAGGUUACAGUCAUAUCGUUUCCGAGUGAUAUAUAAGCCAGGGAAAGAAAAUAUUGCGGAUUCGCUAUCAAGGCUUUCCCAAGAAAACAACGCUGAUCCAUAUGAUUGGGCCGGAGAGCAACAUAUUUAUCGAGUAGUGUCCACUUUGAUUCCGAAGUCACUCUCCAUAUCCUCCUUAUCACAGAUUACCAAGAUGUCUAUAUUAGACGAAGAGAUACAAGAUGUAAUGACGUGUCUAAGUCAGGACUCCUGGAAAGCGAAUAUGUCAAGCCCAUAUUAUCCACUUCGUUUGGAGCUAUCUAUAGUUGGUGAUAUCCUAUUAUGGGGAACUAAAUUAGUAAUCCCACGAAAGUUGCGAGAAAUAAUUCUGGGCCUCGCACAUGAAGGACAUCCAGGAAUAAGUGCAAUGAAACGGAGAUUACGCUCCAAAGUUUGGUGGCCUUGUGUGGACAAAGAUGCUGAAAAAUACGUCAAGACUUGUCAAGAUUGCCUUAUAGUGUCAAUCCCACCAAAACCAGCUCCGAUGGAGAUGCACCCUUUCCCAAAUGGACUCUGGAAAUGCUUAGCAGUCGAUAUUUUGGGUCCUUUACCUAAUGGGGAUAACAUAUUGGUACUAAUUGAAUACUACUCCAGAUAUAUGGAGUUCAAAGUGAUUAAGUCAAUAACAUCUAAAACCAUUAUUGAUGAAAUGGAAGAGAUAUUUUCAAGAUUGGUAUUUCCAGAGACACUAACGUCUGACAAUGGAAGGCAAUUCGUAAGCGUUGAGUUUAAAAGUUUUUGCAGUACCCACGGCAUUCGGCUAAUGACCACGCCCCCGUACUGGCCUCAGGCUAAUGGCGAAGUAGGAAAUAUGAACAGAUCCCUAGUGAAACGUUUAAAGAUAGCUCAUGCAAACAACGACAACUACAAGAAGGAAAUUCAGAAGUUCGUUUUGAUGUACAAUGUUACUCCGCAUGGUACCACGGGCGCUCCACCGACAGAACUAAUGUUUAACAGAGUUAUAAGAGACAAAAUUCCCUUCAUUCAGCACCUUGUGGGGGAAAUGGCAGACUCAGAAGAGAAAAAUAAGGAUAUGCGAGAAAAAGAUAAAGGGAAACAGUUGACUGACAAGGCCAGGAGUGCGGGAAAUGUUGACAUUCAUGUUGGAGAUACAGUACUCUUAAAGAAUGUAAUAUUUCCACAUAAGUUGACACCCACAUUUGAUACUACCACGUAUAAGGUAGUAAAGCGAGAAGGAAAUGUUGUGCAGAUUUCCGCUGGUGGUAAAACAUACACCAGGGAUGUUGGUCAUUUGAAAAAGGUUGUAACCACAAACCCAUUGCGUCCUGCAGCGCCAGUUUUCUUCGAUGCCGAGUCUUUUUCCCGAACUACCUCAACAUCUGAGGAUCAGCAGAAGCUAAGCGAGAACCUCAAACUACGUCUGGAGAAGAAGGAAGGAAUGUGGAGAUCUGUACCUGUUAAAGAAAGUGACAAUACGCUCCCAUAAUUUAGCAACAAGGAAAGCGUUGAUGUAACGUGUCUGUAAAUAUGACAUUUGAUAUUAGAUACAUAUUGGACGCCGACCGUGCCGGACGGGAAGGCCGAUAGUUAUUAAUAUAAUAUUAUAAUUGUUAGUUAUUUAUAUAAAUUAUAAUAAAUCGUGAAAUCGCAGAAUAAUACAGAUAUGACAAUGUUGACUUAUUUUUUUAUAUUUUUGAAUUACUAAAAUUUUCAAAUGAUUCUUACAUAAGUUUAUGACAGAAAAUAGCAAAAAAGAAAAAAAACAACAAACACAUGCGGGAGCUGUAGCACAUGAAACUUUUUAUUCGCUCCGCUCUGCUACCUCUUCGCCAGAGCAGAGCAAAGCACUUCAUUUUUUGUUCUCGCUACAGCUAUAGUUUUAUACCUAACUAAACUCGGAGCAGAGCUGAGCACAUAAUUUUAUAUUUUAUAUUAUUUUAUAGUUAUGCUAUGGCUCCCGACAAAGUGAGAACGGUAGCGAUAGCAUAGCA